AGAGAAGAGGAAAGGAGAGAAGAUGGGUGCGAAUAAGAUGUGUGAGUCAGUGGUGGUGGUAGCGGUGGUUGUGGCGGUGAUGAUGGCCGGAGUUGGUGAGGCACAGAAUACGGCUUCGUGCGCGAGCGAAUUGACGGCCUGUGUGGACUAUCUCAACUCAACCAGCCCACCGGCCAAUUGUUGCACACCACUCAAAAACGCUGUGGAGAACGACAAAGACUGUCUUUGCAAUCUCUACAAUAACCCUAGCCUCCUCCAAUCCUUAAACAUCAACGUCACUGCCGCUCUUCAGCUCCCCAAGAACUGUGGCAUUACCGAGGAACUCAAUUGCAAUGCUGGUUCUCCAUCUCCCACCGGCUCACCUCCAGCUACACCUGGAAAGGACGGAGGUGGCGCGAGCAUGGUUGCAUGGACUGGAAUGUCUAGCUUACUAUUGUUGUGUGCUUCUCUGAUGCUUUAAACAUGUGAACUUACUGGAAACGAAUGGAGAGAGACUAAUGCAGAGAUCAUUCCACAGUUUCGGAGCAGAAUUUCGAUAGCUAGUUGCAGAUUUUGUUGUUUGCUCGUUUCCCCUUCAGUAUUUCAUUGAUUUGAGUCGUGUUCGUGAAUCCUUUAGUUGUAUUUGUUGCAAACUAUCAUUUUGUACACUGCAGUACUUCUGUAAGAUGGUGUUAUAUGAUAUCUUCUAUUUAUCUUUAUAGUUGACGGAUUCUUGGAUGGUUUUUUGAA